AUGAGAGCAAAAGCAGGGGAGUUUUGGAAGGUUAAAGCAGAAGCCUGCGAUCUUUCUAAAUUGAUUGUCGCAUUACAAAAAGCCAGAUCCAUUUUUGCUAGCUAUUGCUGGUUGCCCAACAUUUCAGGUAUAGCAAGAUCACGUUUUGUUGUUGGCAGAUCAAUUCAUUGGGAAUAUCAACCCAAAUACAGAAAAGUCAUGUCCAUGAAUGUUGAGGCCACGAUCUGA